UGGGCGGGCCGUGCUGAGGAGGCUCCGCCCCUCUCCCCUCCGCCCGCCUCCGGUUCUGCCGGCUUUUUGCGCUUCUCUCUCGGUCCUUCUCUCCUUCGCCGCUCCUCAUGCAGCUCGCCCGGGAUCUCAACAGCGGGGAAAUCGCCGCCACCAUGGCGCCCCCCGGCCCGGGCGCUAUCCAGAUCAGCAGGAUCAUGCGCCCUGAUGAUGCCAACAUUGCUGGAAAUGUCCACGGGGGAACCAUCUUAAAAAUGAUUGAGGAAGCGGGGGCCAUUAUCAGCACUCGCCACUGCAACUCUCAGUCCGGGGAACGCUGCGUAGCUGCCCUAGCCCGCGUGGAGCGCACCGACUUCCUUUCCCCUAUGUGCAUUGGGGAAGUGGCGCACGUCAGUGCUGAGAUCACCUACACUUCCAAACACUCUGUAGAAGUCCAAGUGAACGUGAUGUCAGAAAACAUCCUCACAGGUGUGAAGAAGGUGACGAAUAAAGCUACCCUGUGGUACGUGCCUCUUGCUCUUCAGAACGUGCACAAAGUGUUGGAAGUCCCCCCCAUUCAGUAUGCAGGGAAGGAGCAGGAAGAGGAAGGAAGGAGACGCUACGAGGAGCAGAAGCUGGAACGUUUCGAAACCAAGGAGAGGAAUGGGGAUGUCAUCCAGCCAGUUAUCAAUCCAGAGCUGUAUACUGUUGGUCACAGUCAAUCCAGUUUGAUCCACCUUGUGGGACCAUCUGACUGCACUAUGCAUGGAUUUGUCCACGGAGGCGUCACGAUGAAGCUGAUGGACGAGGUAGCUGGAAUUGUUGCCGCUCGCCACUGCAAGACCAACAUAGUCACAGCAUCGGUGGAUGCCAUUAACUUCCACGAGAAGAUUAAAAAAGGCAGCGUGAUCACGAUUUCAGGGCGCAUGACCUUCACGAGCAAUAAGUCCAUGGAGAUCGAGGUUUUUGUGGAUGCCGACCCUUUUGUGGAUGAGUCUCAGGAACGAUACCGUGCUGUCAGUGCAUUCUUCACCUACGUGUCCCUGAGUAAGGAAGGGAAACCACUCCCCGUCCCACAGCUGGUGGUGGAAACAGAAGAGGAGCGGAGGCGUUUUGAAGAAGGGAAGGGCCGCUACCUCCAAACCAAAGCCAAGCGCCAGGCAACGAUGCAGCCACUGACUCAGCAAUGACAUUCCGACAGCCUUCGCUUCCAGGAGAGAGAGCCCGCUGUCCGCAUUCACAUUAGGGAAUCUUCGUUUCAGCCAGAUCCACUGCAGAUCUGGCUGGGGGAGGGGGCACACGGGGCUUUUGAAGCCAACCUCCCUCCCACCCCCUACCCUCCCAACUCGCUGGAAAAAGGAUAACUUGUCAUAUGAACAAUGAUAGUUUGUCCAGUCGCUGCUCCAGGAAAAGCCCUUAUCAAACCUAAGAUGUAAAUGGGAAAGGUCUCCCAGGCUGUGGGAGGGGAAAGAGGGGAGAUGGGACUGUUGGGGGGAGGGGGGGAGGAUCUCAGCCUGCAGUUUCCAAAGCUUGGUGUGUGUGUUUAUAAAGACUGGCGCACAUCACCAGUUUUGAAAAGAAAUGGCCUUGAAGUCUCUGCACAUAGAGACGAAUCUAAGUCUUUGGGUGUCUAAAAGCCGGAGUAGGUUGGUGCUUGUGAUUAUAAUGCUGGGUCUCUCUCGGAUUUGCCUCCUGCCCAUCCCCAAGUCCUAGAGCUUUCUGCAAAGAACAGAGAUGCCAUUAAGGGUCCCCAACAACUUUGUAACGUCAUAAUUCAUUUCCAUUCCUGUGAACACGAGAAGCUGCUUCUUCCUAGUUGCAAGCUGAAAACGCUGCUCAGUAUAUCGGGCAGUCUUCAUUCCAUUUCACUUCUCUUGAAUAUAUAUAUAUAAAUAUAUAUAUAUAUGUAUGUAUUUAAUUUAUUUAAAGAAUAUUGUGAAUAAAGGCUGUUUGCCUUGUACUCAGUGAAGCCCAA